AUGUGUCGGCAAGGGAAAUAAGUCGCACACUCAACUUCCUGCCGCUCGUCCUCACAGAGUGGCUCGGGAAGGUCCUCGAGUCCAAGGUCUAUAUACUUAUAUAGAUCUUGCUCGAGUCGUGGAGGGUGUCGGGAACCGCCGUGGAAAUCUUAUCAGUGUUUCUUACGUCACACAGUGGUAGUGUGAGAUUGUUUUUAUUAUUAGCGCAGUUUUUCUUUGGCCUUGCUGGCAUGUGCCGUGUGAAGCUGAAAUCCUAUUUGCAUGAGACGAAAAAAAUGUGUGGAUUAUAAUACAUACCAAGACUGAAGAAGUUGUGAGUUCUUUGGCAAAUGAAGAAAGCAACAAGAAGAGUUCAAACACUUUUGUACAAUAAGAAAGCAACAUGGAGAAGAAGAAAGCAAGAUGUGAUCAGCUGUAAUGUGAAAAGGUUUACGGACAUUAAACACAUUGUUUUCAUGGAGUCUAAGAUGAACCGAAGCACAGUGCAGGAGGCCAAGCUGGUGCAGUGGGUUAAUAAAUAUGUAUUAACAUCGUGUAUGAGCGGCUUAAGCUUGGAAGAAUAUGACUUGCUCGGAGAUUCAAAAUACCGCGCCUAUGUGGCCGCGGUGGACAAGACACUCCGCAACUUUGAAAAUACUAGUGAAUGGGCUGAUCUCAUCUCAACUCUGGGGAAACUCAAUAAGGUGUUACUAUCCCACAUGAAAUAUCCUGUGGUUCCUCGUAGAAUUACGAUAAGCAAACGAUUAGCACAAUGCAUGCACCCAGCUCUACCAUCGGGUGUCCAUUUGAAAGCCUUAGAAACAUAUGAUAUUAUAUUCAAGUGUAUGGGGACCAACAGGCUCUCACAAGAACUCUUCAUAUACAGUGCAGGCUUAUUUCCAUUAUUUAGCAGUGCUGCAAUGAAUGUAAGAUCAGCAUUGCUAACAGUAUAUGAAACUCACUUUGUCCCAUUGGGCCCGAGACUACGCCCAGGACUGAAUGGUUUCCUGUCAGGAAUUCUGGCCGGCUUGGAAGAAGGUUCUGAUCAUCUUGAAAGGACAUCUCAGCUGCUAACAAGAGUUGCUGAAGGAGUGGGACAAGCAGAAUUCUUUGGCUGCUUGUGGGACUGUGUUUGGGGAAACUCAGGAGUGAGACUUCCUGCCAUCACCCAUAUUACAUCCUGCUAUAAUAAGAAAUUGUCCACAGAAGAUCAGUUGUAUAUCCUCGGCACAAAUAUUGAUGUUAUGGUCUCAGCAUUGUGUCAAGCAAUGGAGGAUAGUAGUGUGUUGGUACAAAGAGCAGCUCUUGACCUGACUUUAGCUGCCCUUCCCAUGCAUAAUACGCAACUGUUACGGCCAGACUUGGUCAGAAUUGUCACCUCUGCCAUUUUAGUGUUGCUGAGAAGAGAUAUGUCCCUGAACAGGAGGUUGUAUGCAUGGUUGCUUGGAUCUGAAAUCAACCUCUCGCUCUUGUCUUCCGAACACCCUGUUGUAAAGCGCCUCAACAGUGCUGUGAGUGACAGUAACACUGAAGAUGGAACUGAAGUCAAUGCAUAUUUUGAAACAUUCUCAAGACCCCUUUUAGUGGAAGGGGUUGUGUCAUGUUUGCAAACUAGCCAGGGAACCAAUCCACCUGAUUUACGACCAUAUAGACUGAUAGUCUCGCUGCUGGAUAAGCCAGAAAUUGGGCCUUUCAUUCUAGAUGACAUAUUUCUAGAUCUUUUACGGUGCUUGUACCAUACCUGCCAAGUGCUUCAAGCCUCAAAUAACACCCCAUCAGAACCCUCUAGCAGAAGACAAAGCACAACAGACAAGCAGACCCCACCACCUCCCUCUCGCUCACCAGAUGGCACUAAACCAGUUGUUGAGGGGAACAGGGGACUUCAUGAGGUUACUAAAACUGCCACUCUUCUGUUUAGUGCCCUACAGCCAUCAUACCCAUGGAUGCAUCUCACAGGUUUACUCAGCAUGGCAUGUCAAGCCAAAGCUAGUCAGAUGGAUGGGGGUGAGAAAAAAGAUGAUGGCAAACUUGUUUUAGAUGUGGGUAGUUCAGUCAUGACAGUUUGCGAGAUUUGCACUCUGCUGCAACAUCUGUUGACAUCUCUUCCACAUGAUACUCAGCAGCAGACUCAAGCUUCAAGGCUCCCAGAGGUAUUGUCUACAGUUACCUCCCUUCUGACAGAACAUCUCAGCACUUUGACUGCUAAAGAACUCUCUUCAGGACUUUCUCUCUCUCAGGCAAUCUUACACAAACUCAUACCUUCAGUCACUUUGCCUCCUUCAGCAUCUCAGUCAAGGCCAGAUUCAAGAGCAAGCAUCACUACCUUUGCAUCCCUUCAGAUGCAUGCUCUUUCUCAAGUGUCUACUAUUCCUCGACCUCUGCUUGUUCAGGAAGCCUUUGCAAGAGAGAGUCCUCCCUCAGAGUGUGGCAUUGUACAGAUAGGAAUAGAGGCAAGUGAGGAUGAUCCAAAUAGUGUUGAAAGAAAAAAAACUGAAGACCUUUCAGUUGAUUCACUCACUGAUGAAAGUAAUAAUGAGAACUUAGUUGACGGAGAAGCAGAAACAUCCUUUAUCUCAGUAGUGUCAAAUUCAUCUAUGGAGGACUCUGAAAGAUUGAAAGGAGAAACUGAAGGUGAAAAUAUAGAAAAACAAGACACUUCUGUAGAAAAGGAGAAUGAAAUUGCUACCCCAAAUGCAAUUAAACCUGAAAUAAGUGAGGACUUGUUUGAUGUUGACCAAGAAAGAGAAACAGUAAGCAGUGGGGAGGAUAAGCAUGCCAAUUUAGAGGAGGUGCCCAGUGAUUCAGGAGUUGACAUGGAAGAAAUACCCUCACAACCCACAGAGUUGUCACGAUUUUUGAUAUCACAAGAAGCAAGUGAGGAUGAGUAUGAAAGUGCACCUCAGAGCCCUAGUCAUCAGGGCUCAAUGCCAUUAUAUAGUUAUGUUAAAGUAUUUGAAAAAUUCUUCUUGCAGUUUAUUCAGAAAAAAAUUGUAUUAGAAAAUUCAAAUCUCGCUGAUUUUCAGAGUGCUCUCAGUAGAUCAGGAAGUUUUCAGAUGGACAGUCUAUCAGAAUUGAAUUAUUUGUUGAGAGAAUGUCUGCAGUGCUGUGAAAAUAAAGUAGAAUCCACACACACUUCUCCAGUCAAAAGUAAAGGAAAGAAGGUACAGUCAUCCCCCUGCUCAUCUCCCUCAAGAGUGUCUACAUCGUCUUCAGGAUUUUCACAGGGUCAGAGAGAAAUUACCGACUUCACUUCUGUCCUGCAGCUGCACCACAAAGCAGAUGAACAAUUUGAAGUCUUCAAAGCUGCCUGUAGCAUAUUGGUUGACUUGUCAUCACUCCCUACGACUCCCGGACUCCCUCUGAACAGGCCAAGUAAUCAGAUUCCUCACUGGUUUGUUGGGCUCAUAGCGUGUGUCAUCAAUGGAGGUCAAGUCUCUCCUCGCUUUGUUAUGGCAUCUGUGUCUACUCUGCUGGAGUUAGUGAUGUUGGCUCAGUCAGAGCUGUCUGUAUGGCGGAGUGAGCAUGAACUUGGGUGCAAAGGAGGACCUGGGGUUGUGUCUGUUAAUAUAAUCCCUCUACUCCUACCAACACAUACCCACAUCCUCCUUCAUCAUACUACAGUGUAUCAGCACAUGGCAAGACAGCUUUGGAGUCAUUUGAGGCCAUCAAUGAGUCACCUCCAUGUAGGCAGCACAGAACUUCUCCUGCAGUUACACAACUUGACUCUUCCUCGCAGCCCAAGUGUAACGCUGACAUCUGCUCCACCUCAGUCCCCUAUGUCUGUUGUGGAGAGGGAGAUUCUUGCCACUCUCACAUAUAUAUUGCAGGUACCUGUGACUGAUGAGAAGGAGAGUGGAGUACUAUGGAGUCAUGAAGGCAUCAGGGCAGAGUAUGACAGUGUUGCCAUGCACCAGUGGAUGACACUGUGGCAGGUAUCAAGAAACCUAUCUUCUGGUCUUGCAGGAAAUUUCCCAGGAUUUGACAGAUGUCUUUUCUUGAUGGUUGAACGUCUUCGAGGGGAUAGUGGCAUAGAGCGAAGCCUUGCACAUGCAUGGCUUGCUACAACUCUUCAGAGAAGUGACACUGCUCGGCUCAUAGACCCAAUCCUGGUGUUAUUGCUGCACCCACAUACCCGAAGAGUUAGUGUGCAGCAUGUGAACAUUGAGAAGUUGCCUCCUGUCCAGCAAGGCCAAGGUCACAAAUUAUCUCUAGAGGAGUCACAGAUCUAUGCCAUCAGCUCUGAAGGAGGAGAGGUCAUGUACCAUGUGAGCAAGGAAGGAAGAGAAAGUCAGGGGAAGGGAAAACACGUGCCUGUCCCGGCCAAACAUAUAUUAGCAUUUACUUCAAUUUCCAAAGACAGCAAGAAGAUUGUCACUCACAAUGCAAACUUUACAGAAUUUGAACUGCCUUCUAGUCAUGAGCAGCCACAGCUACAAGCAUCAAUAUCUCUUAUGGUUAAUCCUUUCACUCAGCAUCCAUGGAUAGAUAUGGAAGAUCUGGCCAAGAUGAACAAACCAACAAACCUUUCCAAUGCAGUUAGAAUCCAAAAUGGCAGCUACCAGAAACUUUCAACUACAGUGAUACCUGAACAAGUUACAAGUGAAUCAACCGUUUCAAGUAGCAGAGAUUCGGAUGAUGAAAAUUGGACACCAACACAGAUGGUUCAGAGUAUUCUUGAGGAGGUGAUAGAUGCUGUUGUGACUUCACGAUACAAGUAUCCUGAAAGUGAUGGGUCAAGUGAACAGGAUACAGUGUCACAAUCUGUAGUAAGUGAUGGAACUGUGCCAGAGUUAACAAGACAUCCAUUUCACUCUCACAUGCUCCUGUACACUCAGGUGGUUGAUAGUGGUCAGUGUUCAAAUGGAUUGUCCCUAAUUAGAAAUAUUAUUGAGGCACAACCAAAGUUAUCCCUUCUAACUCUAGCAUCAACUAGCAUUAGUACACUACAGUCAACUUCACCUCUCAUCGUAUUGUUAGCCAGACAUCGCAGAUCUGUUUUUGGUGAUGGGUUUGAUGGUGGAAAUGUGUCAGAGAUGGUCAGUCAGUUCCGGUCUACUAUGUAUCUUCAAGUAGUUAUCACGGUAUGCCUUUAUUACUUGCGUUCUUACUAUCCGUGCCUUCCUCAUCUCCGUCUUCGAGAUGAACAUCUACGAGAUAACCAGGAAGUGCAAGUGGCAUCAGCUGAGGUUCUAGUCCUAGUCUUCACACAUUUGUCACCAUUAGUGACUGAUGCCCCCAGGGGUUUCACCCCAUAUAUUACAGAUCUGCUCAGUAAAUGCAAAGUUCAGAAGUGUGUGCUUCACUGUUUGCUGUCAUCUGUGCAUGCCAUGACCAGUGCAAGUACAUCAGUGAUUACAGAUCACAAACGUCCAUCAUCCCAGGAAACACGCACUUUUACUGAAGAAGUCCAAGAAUACAACUGUGGAUCGCUCAACCACAUUGGUGCUGUACAUCGCUUGGAAACCUACCUAGCUCGAGUGAUGGACUUAACACUGGCUCUCAUCCGCUUAGAAGACACACUGGCUGCAGAUAGACUAGAGGGUGCAGUGGUGAGAGAUCCACCAAGUGUCAGCAUGAAGUAUACUGGCUUUAGUACCACUAAAUAUCAGCCGGGUCAGCCAAUUCCAGCACAGCCCAUGUUCAUGGAGGUUAUCACUGUAGCACUAAAACAGCAUCAUCUUCGGCAUUUACAUGGAUCUUGGUUGCACCUUUUUACAGCAGCACUGCCUCAUAUGGGCCCAUCACUCCCUAAUAACAGUUUGCUUGUAACAUACCAUGUAUGUGAACUUUUGGAAGGAAUGGCCCACUAUUAUCUGCCUGGUGCUGUACCACCUCAUGCUCCACCUGACUAUACACUUAUCCUUCUGCAAAGUCUCACAACUAUUGUACAUUAUUGCCUCUUAGAUCCAGCACAGUCACCUGCUUUUGGGUCAUCGUCAUCUCUUCCUACAUCUUCUGCACCUCCUUCAGGCCAGACUGCAGGACAGAUAUUAUACAAUCUGCUACAUGUAUUUUCUCCAGUGGGUGAAAUCCUUGAUGCUCCUGUAGACAGCAGUGGAUUAGACCCAACUGCUUGUGCUCGCCAUACCCUCCUCUGCCAUCUGCCAAGAAUCAUCUCGGCCCUACUGGCUUUAUGGGUGGCUACAGGACAGGACCAGGAUUCAGCCUUUGUACUUGGCAGUAGAAGGGCUGUGAGACAACACAUUGUAGAGCUCUUAUCACCCAUCUGUCACCACCAGACACCACAUCUUCUUGCAGCUAUCAGUGUUGUUUGGCAGGGGGUUGGCAUUGCUGCCUCAAGUAUUAGAGCAAACAGUAAUGCUGGUCUUAACAAUGACUCUAACAUCAACAACAAACAAAGUGGUAUAGGAGGCCUACUGUGGAGUGGAAGCCCACACCAGUUGGCUCUUGUAGAGAUGAUGUCUUUGCUACGAGUGUUACCUCUACAUACACUAGUAGCGACUGUCAAACAGGUGGUGAAGCAACCACCAAUAGUUGAUGGUGCUCAGCAGGGCCUGCCAUUGGAAGUUAGUGUCCUGCAAGUGUUCUAUGUGUAUGUUCAGCAGUGUCCAGGGUCACAACUUGGUGAAUGCUGGGGACCACUUUUAACCAUGGUAAAAGAAGGAACUAUUGGUUUGUCACCCCCUGCCCAGCUGGUUCUUCUAGCAACACUGAAUGAAUUUGUUCAAAGAGCAGCUGCCCCUCAGGAAAAGAAAGAUGUGAAGGAACUUCAGGAAGUAUCCAGCAAGUUGCUAGAGUGCUGUAGUAGUAUUGCAGGUUCCUGUCUUGAGGCUACUACAUGGUUAAGACGAAACCUUACAGUCAAGACUGAUACAGCAGAGAAGAAGGAGGGUAUGAAUGAUGCCUCAGCAUACAGUGUAGCAGCAUUAAGUGUCCUUGCAGAAUUAUUAGCCCCUCUACUAGAUGUACUGUAUGUGAGUGAGGAGAAAGACAAGGUUGUUCCUCUACUCACAAACAUCAUGGCUAAUGUUGUUCCAUAUCUGCGUAACCAUACCCGGUCGAACAUGCCUGCAUUUGCUGCAUGUUCUCAGUUACUGUCAUCGUUGUCGGGUUACCAGUAUACUCUCCGAGCUUGGAGACGAGAUGUUAUCGAUCUUCUCCUAGACCCACAAGCAUUCAUGAUGCUUCCACCUAUUCUGACAUACUGGCGGACUAUUGUAGAUUUUCUUUGCACACAUGACAAGACUGUGUUUAAGGAACUGUUGACUCGUGUGUCCAUGUCCCAAGGAGGAUCACUAAGUCUCUUCUCUAGUAAGGAGUCAGAAUAUGAAAUUAGAGCAGGAUUGCUGAAGAGGCUGGCAUUCACCAUCUUCUGCUCAGAAACCGAUCAGUACAUGCGACACAUACCAGAUAUCCAAGAACGUUUGGCUGAAGUGACCCGGUUGGGCCAAGUGGUGCCCUCCCUCGUCGCCCAAGUGCUACUGUGCUUCCGUGUCCUUCUCCUGAGGAUGUCCCCACGGGGUGUGACCUCAUUAUGGCCAGUGAUCAUAACAGAGCUGGUGCAGGUGUUCCUCAUGAUGGAGCAAGAACUAGCUACUGACACAGAACAGUUUAGCAAGAAAGGGGGCAGUUCACACCUGAAGCGCCUUUCUACCUUAGAUUCUUCAUGGGUUUUUAGCUCACAGAAUGGACUAAAUGCUCACAACCAUCCAGCAUGGUUGACCUUGUACCUAGCAGCAUGUAAGCUAUUGGAUUUGAUGCUUUCCCUUCCAGCCCAGCAUCUGCCACAGUUCCAAAUGUACCGAUGGGCUUUUGUUGGUCCAGUUCCAACAACUGAAGUGGAAGAGAAGACAGAAGGAGCUGGUAACAUCCUACUCAAAAGUUGUGAUUUUGUCCCUCAUAUUGCAAGAAUUGCAAAACUCAUGGCAGAUAAGCCUGGAAGUGGAAAGAAUAAGAUGCUGGAACACCGUCCUGGGGAACUGCUGCUGAAGAUGCCCAGUAUAUCAACCCUUCUAGAUCUGCAGCCCUUCUUCAACACCCUCACAUCACCAUCAUUCACACCGGCAGCAGCCACAAUCGGACAGACUCCCCCAGGGAUCCUUUCAUCCUUCCCUUCCUCCACAUCCUUGCCUAGUUCAGGGCCAUCAUCUGCCUCAGGCACUUCAGCCACUCCCAACUCCAGCUUGGCACACAUAGAGGCUGUCAUUGAGCGAGAUUUCCUGGAACCCCUUCCUUCGUAGGCUUUUUCCUAGGAUAUCUUAUUCUGGAUUAGUAUGUGGUAUUGCUGUAUGUCUUUGUAGCAAUACUUGUCUGGUCACUAUGUUAUCUUCUGUUUGCUUUUCUUUUUGAUACCAGUUAAGUGAACUCACAAAAAAUAGUAAAUAUAAUAUUUAUACAUGAAAGUUGUUAUUGUUUGAUUUUUGAAUAGCAAAAUGCCAUAGAUGAUGUCAUUACUUAUCACAGUUAUAUUCUAAAGAAAAGCAUAUAUUAGAGACUGGCUCAAUAUUACAACCAAAUUUUAUGUUAUUCUUUAGGCCUUUAUAGAUGAAUCUUGUAAGAAGAAACUAUAAUAGAAAAUUUAGUACAUGUAUAUGAUACGCACAUAUAUCAAUACAUAAUGUCUUCUCUCCUUAGGUGUCAACAUAGAAUUGCUUAUAUAUACUCUACUAAAUAUACACAACUUUACCCAUACAUUUCUACACAUAUCCAGUUACACAUAGAGACAUGUACCAGUAUAAACACCACUCAAAGAGAUUCUAAAAGAUAGGCUUGCAACUCUAGUUUAAAAUUCAGGGCAAUCUGAAGUGAGCAUUGCUUGAUAUAAAAUGAAUAUGUAUAAAUGAUAGGAUUUCUAUCAGUUUCAACUUGUUGUAGAAUACAGUUGUUGACAUAUAAACAUAAGCUUUCAUGAAAAGAUAAAAUCAACUAGAAAUAAAGUGCAUUCUAAAUGGCUGCAGCUAAUAUCUCAUACUUCCUUUUAUCUGCAGAUUCUGAUGCAGAUAUGUAGGCUGAAGAAAUGGGAAAGCACAAUACAGUAGCUGUCAAAACAAUAUCACAUUAUGGUGAGCUCAGUCAUAAACAAUGUAAAAGUCUUUUUUUUUUUUUUUUUUUUUUAGUUGUCAUAGAAAUAAAGACAAUAAUUGUUUUCAAAGAAAUAGGCAUGGCAGGUGAGAAAUGACAUUUUAUGGAAAAUAUAAUAUAGCUGUUUCUACUUGAUGUUAGUUAUGGAAUCCAUGCGGACACUUGUCAUGCAUGAACACAGUACCUUCAUUUGCAGAAAAUGAUAAAGAAGAGGAAUGUAUAUAGACUUUGUGGAUUUCCUUUAAUAUCAGUUUGCAAAUUUUUAGUGUGAGUGUUGUCAGAAUGGGCUUACUUUUUACUACAUUUUUUUUUCCCCUUUUCUUUUCUUAUCUUUUUCUUUGUUUUGUUUUUUGUUGAGCUUGUGUUGUAUUUGGCUGUGAGCUUUGGAAAGAGACUUUUGAUGACCAGGUGCCUUAUCAAUAACUGAUUAGCUGCACAGAUGUCUUUUAGUACUAAUUGUAAGCAGUUGUUGGGAGGAUGGUUGAGAUGUAAAACUUUUUUUCUAGGAUGUAAAUGGAUUAUCAUAGUCUGGUUUUGUAUACACAGACAUGAUUUAAAAAAUAAUAAUGGAAAAUAAAAAUGUCAAAAGUCUGUUUCUUUAGAAAUAGAUAAAUCAUGACCUAAAUGUGGUUCAUAAUUCUUGGUGAAUGUAGAAUAUAUUUUUCAUUUACUGGACCUUCUGUACUUAAAGGAUUCACUUUUUUUCUGCAUCUUCUGUUAACCUGUCAAUGACAGUAUCAGAAAUCUCUGGGUGUCACAGACUCUGGUGAUUUAUGGCAACCACUCUGCAGUUUGGCCCGGGAGUCCGCUACAUGUAGCAGAAGUUUCCGCACGACUUGCUCUAGCACGUCGUGAUGCCUAUAGCCAUACCUGGCAUGAUGAGUCUGUUUGUUAUGAUGGCUAUAGGCGUGGCCCGACAGAUAGGGGAUAAUCUGAUACACUUUCCGAUUUUUAUGAUAAACUACUUUAUUACUAUGAUGCCGACAGUAACAUAAACUUUAAAUCUAUAAUGGUCAACUUAUACAUAUGAGUCAAAUAAUGGAUUGUCUUAGAAUCAGUGCAGUAUGUCAGUAAAAACUGUCACAAAUAUAUUUGAUUAGGGGGGCCUUCAGGAUUUUUGAAGAUUUUACUUUAACUCCCAGAUUAUGUUUUUUUUUUAUGUAUGUAUGUAUGUUGAACAUGAUUUUGAAAAAGGACUGUGUAUCUUCCCGGUGCACAUUAGCCUUUCUUUACUUCAAAUGGCCUUUUAUUGGUAAUAUUACAUCCACUCGAAGCCCAACUGUUACCCCAAAGAUUAGCAACGGUUGGUAAUUAUUAUUAUUAUUAUUUUUUAUUAUUAUUAUUUAUUUAUUAUUAUUAUUUAUUUAUUAUUAUUUUUUUUUUAAUUUUUUUUACCAAAGCUCUUGUUACUGUUGGUGAGAUAUUCAAGUUCUUUUGUGUGUGUGUUUAAUCCUAGUCAGCAUUUGAAGAGAUUAGUUGAUAAUCUUAUAUCUUGUUUAUGAUCUUGCUUGAGAGUAUGUAUAGUAUGUACAUGCAAAUGAUUUUCAGAUAUGCAAUAAAGCAUCUUCUUAUUAUAGCUUAUUACUGAUAUUUAUGUAAGAUGAUAGCUAUAUUCCUUGUACAUAUCAUUCCAGGAAAUGAUAUUUUCUUUAGAGAUUAACAGUUAUAUCCCAAGAGAUGUACAUUUGAGUUUGCAUUGCUGAUGGUUCUCAGUAUCUAUCUUUCAUAAGAAGUAUAACAAAGUACUUUCAGGUUUCUUUGAUCCUGAUAAUUUUGGAUUUUUUUAGUGUAUUCUUUCUUGUACUUUAUCUGUAUCAUGAUUUUAUCCCAUGUCCUGCAAGUAGGAUUAAUAGUAAAUCAUGUGAAAUGAUUUUUCUUUUCUCUGGUAUGGCAGUUGAAUCACCAGUAUUGAUAGGUAAUACAAAUAUAUGAACACAAAUCUGUAAAGAUAAAAAUUUUAACAAAAAUGUGAGGCGAGUUUUCAUUUUAAUAUAUUGGGUUAGAUUUAUAAGCUGAUUAAAAGAUCCUCUUCCAGAGUGUGUGAUGUGAAAUGAUACAGUACGAGGGUUCCUUUGGUUAAGUCACAUGUUUAUUGUUACUGUAUUACUAGAAUUCAAUAGUUUAUUUAUUCUUAACACUAUAAGCAUUGAUUGUGUAAAUAUCCAUAAAUGCAGACAUGUGCAAUUUGUUACAGGUAGGGCAGAGAUAUUUAAUUGCAUUAAAGGGCUUAGGUUAUUACAAUAAGAAAACUAACUUUGGGAUUAUUCUGCCACAGGCAUAUUGUACCAGCUAAGGUGAGAGUCAGAUUUUCUUUUGUAUUAAAUAACUUUUUUUUAUACAAAAUCCAUUUUUGCUGUUUGUGCAAUAUGUAGUAAGUAUGAACUUGACUUAAGAUCUGAUAUCUAACAAAAAACAGAUGUUUAUUAAUUUAAUUUGCUGUUUAUUCUGUAUUUAUUUUAAAUUGUAAGUUUCCUUGCAGGUGUGAAUAGGCAGAAGUACCAGUUUUAGCUAUGUUUCUUAAGUAUAUAUAUAUAUAUAUAUAUAUAUAUAUAUAUAUAUAUAUAUAUAUAUAUAUACACAUAUAUACAUAUAUAUAUAUAUAUAUAUAUAUAUAUAUAUAUAUAUAUAUAUAUAUAUAUAUAUUACCCUAUACUCUUGGAUCUGAUUACAUGAUUAAUCUGUAAGAUAUUUCAUCAGGUAACAUAUUAGAAGGCACCACAUAAUUGAUUAGUAAAGCGUAUUUCACUUGCAAUCUUAGGUCAUUGGAUUUCUUGUAAUAAAAGUUUUGUUAUAUUUUGUGGUACCAUGUAAAUACACAGUAAUAGUUUCCUAUGAUUAGACUUCCUCUUAUGUUUUACCUUUUACUUGCUCUCGUAUAUAAUCUUUUGAUUUGAAAUUGACUUGUUAGAGUGUUAUACAUACCACAGGUAUGCAUACAGCUGAUCAUACAAUGAUCACUACAAAGUAAUCAAAGUAAAUAACUCGGAAUGAAAAUCAUUCAUAUUAAUAGCGUAAUGUAUAAGUGAUAACAUGUAUGAUCCAAGUCAGAUGUACAUUUAUAUCACGUCGUUUCGUAAUUGUGACAACAAGGAAUUAGCCAGUUUAAUAUUUUAAAUUGCAAAGAAUGUUUAUCUUUCAUUUAUUUACAGUAUUUUCUUAAAAAAUGCCUUAGCAGUUGACUGAGCAAAAAAAUAAAAAAUAAAUAAAUAACCACAAACAUUUACAUGCUUUAUAUAAAGGGGUUAUAAUAAAUUGUCCAUUUUAUGUGUACUAUGUAUAUAGAGUAUGUAUUCCUUUUUAAAAAUCUCAGUCACACUCACCUACACUUAUUUUUUAUCAAUAAUCAGUAUCUGUGAAGUUUCAUGUUACUGAAUGCAACACAGAUAUGAGAAUAUGUAUAUGAUUACCUGUAAAUUGGCCAUGGAAAAGUUUUCUGGUCUUGCAGAGUGGAACCCUUCGAAAUUGAGAGUGUUGGCUUUCUGAUAAGCGUGACUUCAAGUCAUCUGUCAUAUUUUAGUAUGCAAGUUCUGUUUAUUUUAUUAUGCUAUGAUAUAUAUAUAUAUAUAUAUAUAUAUAUAUAUAUAUAUAUGAUCCUUUUAUCUUCUUUCUAUAUAUAUAAAAGAAUGAUGUUUAUUCCUGCAGAAGAUUGAUGUAUGGCUAAGACUGGUGAUGGGAUAAUGUGAUAAUAAGUAUAUUUUACAUGUAUUGUCAUACGAGAAAUAAAAUGUGAUAAUGUUGAAAGUU